GGAUUCACUGACCAGAUGAGGCUUUGGGAGGCAAUGCACCGAUCAGAAUAUAAUGAUAAUUAAUACUAUAUAUAGCCUACUCUAGGCUAUCUAAAUACCUGCUGAACAAUACAAACUCUUAAUCUAUGAAACACCAGAGAUGCAGCAUUGCAAAACAGAUUAAGACCUCUAUAAUAAGACCAAUACAAUGUGUGGAGAGUCAUUAUAAACUACAUUAUGAGACCAUUCUAAAUUUCAGGAAUUCACAAAAUUACAGAGUUAAAUCUUAACUUGAGUGAGUCAGUCAUAACCACUACAGUUACAAAAAGUAAUCACUGCAAGAAUGUUAUUUAAAUUUUUUUUUACCACUGUUUGGCUUCUAGUCUUUUCAGAUAGAGCACUAUCAUCCUGUGAUUUUAAAGGAAGAAAACAAACAAAAGUCUGCAGGCCACGACCAGCUCCUAACAGCAUUAGGGUAGAGUGGGGUAAGAUGAGCCAUUUUCAUAUUUCGGAUCACUACACCAAGGCAAUCAUAGUUUUGUCUCUAACUAGUGUAUCUGCAUAUAUUUCAAGAUGUUGUGCAUCCCUGAAUGAGUGUAAAUAUUACUGUCUUGAUAAUAUAGCAUUUAAAAAAAAAGUGAAAAGAAAAAGUAACACAUUUCAACAAUCUGAACUGAAUCUCUGAUUCUCUCAUCGGACUUCUUUACUUUCUCAGUUAAGCCACCGGCUCAACUUACCCCAGAACUACUAUUAUGACUUUUUCGUCCUCUAAGCUAAAAUGGUAGGUUUUUGACCUCAUGUUGUAGCUCAUAGAUACCACAAUUGAUGUGUAAAACAAAUUUAAAAUGAUCUUUUUUGGUCUGAACACAAUUCUAAUCAAACUUAUGAAAGACUAAAUUCACUUUCAAGAGUGAAAAAUAUCUAUUUGGAAAUAAAUGUCUAACCCCUUCACCUAUGUGCUUCUAACCUUCACAGACUCCAUGAAUUGAUGACCAUCUCCUAAAUAUUUGGUCACAUGAUCAAUUUCUUUUACCAUUUCCAAGCAACAGCGAGUGGCUCAACUUACCCCACUCUCCUCUAUAUUAGAGAAAAAAUGGGCAUGCAGUCAUUUUGAAAAUUAGAUUUCUUUUAUGUUAUAAGAAAUUUCGGAUAGUGAUUGCUACUUUCUUGUUAACAUGUAAAGCAUCCAGCAACAGAGAAAAUGUAAAACUGUAAAGAUUGCCCCCAACCACUGCAUUACAACAGGUAUAAUCUAAAAGGCAUUUAAAAAAAAUCUUAUAUAGCCAACUCAUGAUAUUGAGUGCGUUACACUCGCCCCGGUCUCCCCUACUGAGUUACAGCCGUGCUGAUAUUGAGGACAAAAGCACUCCCCCUUGUGUGUCGUUGUUUUGGCGGUUCAGUAGUGUAACUGAAAGCAAGGCAAAAGUAUAACAACCCUCCCCGGGCAAUCCUUUAUUAGUUGAGUGCUUCAACACUGUACUUAUCGAGUCAUAUUUUUCGUAAUGGAUAUUACAGAGCCGCUUUGGAGGGAGCCAGGUGCGUUUACAAACAAAGCCCCGCCUCCCUUUACCUUAAAUGUCCAUUGCACGGAAAUAUGAUUGGCACAGGACUACAGCUGCUUGAACGGUGAGACAUGGCGGAGUUAGAGGUCUGACAGAGAGGGCUGGGGAAGAGUUUCUUUAAACACUUCUUAGUAUGUUGAAAAAAAACUUAAGUUGGGGGUCGACAAUGCCUUCGUAACGUGCGCAGAGCUGAACUUAAAGCGGCAGAGACGUUUCGUCCGUCGGGAAGGACGGAGCGGCGGUUGGGAGAAUGUGUUGUCAUCUUCGUGCAGUCAACAGCCUUGGGCAACAAAUAUGGCUACUUCUUGUGUAUCCUUCAAUUCGGGUGGAAAACCGUCCCAACUGGGCUGAGCGGCGUAGUUUCGGGGAGUCGCCACAGUGGUAGGAAGUGACUGCCAGAAAGAUUAAAGAAGCUGGAUUUGUCCCGGAGCUGGUUUUAAAGCGAAGUGAGUGAGGCGGAGGAGGAGGGGGAGAAGGAGAAGAGGAGAUGGAGCCAAAGCAUAAAGAGUUGUUGGAGAAAUGUUACCAGAACUUAGUGGAGUCGAUAACAGAUGCGGACCGAGUUGUGGAUGUAUUGGCUCACUGCGGGACUCUCAGCCAGUCUGAGUGCUUCGAGCUGGGACAUAACUGCUCCUCCAACUCGGAAAAAGUGGACCUCCUGCUGAAGAUCCUGAUAAGUAAGGACAGGGACCAUUUCGCAGAGUUUUGCUCGGCUCUGGAGAAGACGCACCCUCACCUGCACUCUGUGCUGCUGAACGGCGUUGGACCAGUGGAUCACACAACCGGUAAGAGACAUAGAUAGAAUCCAUAACUCUAUAUAUUGUUGCCUACAAAAAUGGACAAAACUAGAUCAUUAUGCAACUGCUACAGCAGCCUCAUGGAGCUGUUGUAAAGAGUGUUAGAGAUGAUUAAUGUCCUUCAUUUUGGUUCUGAUCCAAAGUUUGAUCCAGACUUAUCUAACUCCCAUUAGACCUAUUGACCAUAUGACAACUUGAUGAAGGGCAUCAUGACUUUUCCUUUAGGCAAGAAUACACAGGGAGAGGGGGGAGAGAGAGGCAGAGAGAGAGAGGGCUUCACAAUCAUGUGACCUGAUGCUUAUUUACACUCACACUACUGUGCUUGUUUCCUCUGCUAUGUCACUAAAAGCACAGCCUGCCAGCUCUUUGUGAAAGCAUUUAAUGGACCUAAAAAGACUCAGACAAUCAAUGUAGUGAUAGGAGGGCUGCCUAAAGUUCUAUAUGAAUCAAUAAGCCUUUGUAGGAGACCAAUGAAAAAGAGAAGAAUUAAAAGUGUGAUAAUGCACACAGUGUGGUGACUUACUUUACAGGGGAAUAGCAGUGUCAUUUAGAGCUUGAUACAACUGCAACUGAAAGCUGGACCCACAUCUGCAAACUGGUAAAUAUAAGUUUUUGAUUUAAUGAGAUAGAAAGUUUUCGUGAAGUUUAAACAGUCUAAAGCGAUUCCUAGCGCAGUUUACAAUUACAGACUUAUGAUUUGUAGUUUAACCAAAGCUGACGUCAACAUUUGCUACUAGAUGGCUAUUGAUUUUCUAAUGGUUCAACCUCAGUGUCUUUUUUUUUUUGUCCGAAGGGCACACUGGAAUCAUGAGAUACAAGGGAUGCACAAUAUAAUCAACAUAAUAUCAGUAUUGGCUGAUAAGAGCUUGAAAAGUUAUCACUAUCACUAAAAGGCUAGUAGGGUGAUGCACUAUUCAUGCAUGUGCAAUGGCAGCUGAAUUGGGCCAAUGUGCUUUAUCAUGUAGGCUGCAUGGAAGUAUUUUAAAGGGUUGUAAAAUUAUAUCCAAAUAGCUACUCGCAAUGCUUGUAAAGCACAGGUAAUGCAGGGUGAACACUACCACUUAAAUAUCGCAUCUCAGGAACAGCCACCCUGAACAAUACUUAGAGUUUCUAGGAAGUAAUGAGUCAACCACUGCUUUAGUCAUAUAAUAAAGCCAGAGUGGUCAUAAUACUGAAGGUCUUGUUGUAAAAAUGCUUAAAUCGGGUAUUUUCUUUUGUAUUUUAUAACAAUUUCUAACAGAGAUUCUCUGUCACAAUAAGAGUAAUAUGUAAAUGCAGGUACAGGAGAGACUUGGUGUUCUUCGUAGCUCAAAAAAGACAUAUACUGACCAAAAUAAGUUAAAAAAAUUUCAAUAUCAUGCAUCCAUAUGAGAAUUUAAAAUCUUAAAGUGCUUUCAAGUUUACACUACUUCUCCUAUCUCCAUUUUACUCAGUGAUAUUACUUCUAAUGUCCUCAGGUAACAUCUCAUUUCAUCUGAAUCCAGUUUAUUUGAUGCUGCUGAUUAGUUGCCGCACAUAAACCACUCAUUCAUAAUGAUUAUUCUGAUUGUACGAUGCUUGCAGCCUGUCAGCCCCCGAUCUAGUUCGCCCGGGAUCUAAUUGAUUUCUUCAGCAGCAUGUUUCACAUCAUCCUAGCACAGUCCUGAAGCUCCAGAAACGACUUUCCUUUCUCAAAAGCAGCAGAAACCAGAGCGUGUGUAACAUUGGUGAUAGCACAUUUAGCGACAGAUCUUCCAUUUAUAUGUAGUUUGCAUGUGCAGCGGAGUUCAAAGAAACAAAUGCACACUGUCACAUAGUACUUGCGCAGCACCUCUUCUGCUCCUUAAGCAAUAUUUGCGCUGCUGGGUUGCUUUGUUCCCUCCCAAAUAUCGUGUGAUAGGCGGUGAGUUGAAUAGAGGGGUGUUAAUUAUGCAUUAAUUCCAUCCUCAUAAUUUAUAAGACUGAAGUGAAGCUGCACAUUUUUUUAAAAGUGUUGUUCAUUUUUGUGCCACAUUUUGCACUCGCUGGCUUUUUCGCUGCUGUUGAAGAUGUUUGCACACACUCUUACUCUCUGCUGUUUUUGAAUGAGUCACUGUCAAAAGUCUGCAGCUCUCUGUUGGAAGUCACACAGGCUCAAAUGGGCUGAGCUGCUUUUACGCUACCGGGCGGACAGGUUCCUCCACUGCGCCGCCAAAAGAAGGGCCUUUCCCUUGGAAAAGAAGUAGCUUACCUUUUUGAAACAAUAUGCUCCGUCAGCAGCGUGAUGAAGCUGCUCCCCAGACACCCCCCAAUCCCAAAGGGGGAGGGAUGGGGGGAGAGAUCAUCUUUACAAUCAAAACAAGGUUAACAAGGGUGAGCUUCAUUAGUGAAGCCCAGCAGGAGCUCUGAAAUCAAAUGUCAACAACAGAGAUGCUGAAUGCUGCCUGUUGAGCUGAGCACUUAGCUGCAAGAGUGAUACAGUACUUAAAAGGUGUUUAUCUCACAGAGCUUUAUUUGUCCUAAAGAGACAAAGAUAUUCAGGAGUUUUAUAUAACCAUAGCUGCAGGGCUUGACAGACAUUAGAGGCCUUUUUGUUUACAGAUGGUUUUCACCUUUUCUCCCAGAACAAUAAAUGACGGCAGCACAUUAUAAGGGUGUGUAUCAGUCUGACGUCUUCACUUUGUUGUGCCACAGUAAAUAAGGCUGAAACUUAGACAGAAGGAGAGUGACUCCUCCAAAGCUUGGAGUAUCCACAACUUUUCUGUUGCUACGGACGCUAAAAAAAGCAUUUUAUUAAAGAGUCAAACACCUGACGCUGAAUUUCAAACAAGUUUAGAAUUAGACAAAGAGGUGAUGCAUAAGAUAGAUAAAUCCACAUUUUGCAAACCUGAGCGUUUACCUUAGCUUUGGUAAGAAUGCAGAGGUAAGGAGACAUUUACAAAAUUAAAACUAACAAAAUCUUCAGGGCACCAGAUAUAUCUUUAGCAAACUUUGUGGUAAUUCAUCCAAUGGAUGUUAAAGUAGAACUCCUCCUCUUUUACACUUCAGAACAGUGUAUACUCGAGGUCUUGUAGAGUAAAACUUCUCAUGUCCAAAAGCUGGAAAAUCUUUUACAUGGGAGCUGCAUGCCAACAGUUUCUUAUCAGCCUCUUUGUAGGACAGAUUCACUUAAAACUGUGUAUUAAUUCACACCAUGGUCAAUUCACAUUAUCCCGCGUAUUUGCUGUAACUAAUACAAACUCAGCAUUUCUAAUAAAAAAGGUGGGCGACGUGACAGAGUGACAGUAGUAACAUUAAUCUUCUCCAUUAUUCUUGGAGCUUUGCAGUUGACACCUUUAACAUUACUUAACAUUGUUGCUAUCAUCACCGCCAUGCAAGAUUUGAAUUAUUCUAUACAAAUCUGCAGCUUAGAAAUGAGGGUUGUACCUUUGGCUGCUCUUAUGUGUGUGCUUAGUAACUUUUUGUCAAUCUUCACCAACUUAGAGUGCUGACACGAUUAACCAUUUUUCCACAAUGUAAACAGACAGUUGUGAAAUGCGCACGACUCUCUGCUGCUGAUCAUUUUGAUACUGUAUGGUGAGGUUGUUCCUGGUGUCACUUUUGAUAUUGAGAAUUAAUUACUGUAGUUGAGUUAUUUUAAGAGUGAACUUUAUCACCAACUGUAAAUGAUUGCUGCGGUAUAAGUAGCUAAGGUUGUUCCUGCUGUGCAUGUGCCCCCCCACUGUACUCACAGGCAUUGAAAAUCACAACAUAGAAAUUGUUGAUUGUGUCGUCAAUGGUGGUUUACUUAUGUGUGACAAAGAGAACCAUCGCUUUUUAUGUCAAUCUGUGUCUUAACAAAGCAAGACUCCUUUAGCUUUAAACUUGUACUUAAUCCUGCACAAAAAAAAAAAAAAAAAUGUUGCAAGUAUUAAAGACUGCACAUUAUCUAACAUACAUAUCUUGCAAAUCUCCACAGUCAAAAUCAGUCCAAAACGUUUAUUUUUUCACCAAUUAAAUGGUAUUUAUUGGAAGGUGGCUGAGUGCUAGAUUAGAGUUGAAAUAAAUAUAUUAAAAGGUGUGCUCUGGUUUUUAUACAGUUCAGGAAAUUUACAAUAUCAGAGUCACUUAUCAACUAUCCUUCUUAUUUUGAUGAUCUCAGACUUAAGCAGCAUGUUUUUUUUUAUGCUCAUAACACAUUUUAGUGAACGUUUGAAAGAUAAGCUUCAUAAUAUUCCAUACCAGAGCCAGCUUUUUAGGGCAGCAUCUAAAACAGUGUUGCACAGACUGGUCUAUCAUCUAUCAUUAACCAUAUUUGGCCAUUAAAAAGUUGAGAGAACUUCACAAAUGUAUCACUGAAUACUUCUAUCUUAGCUUGGAAGAGCAAACAAUGUCAGCUCGUAAUGGUAGCAGCCAGUUGUUGCCUCAUGUGUUUUUUUAAUUUAUGACUUCCUGGAAAAAUGGAUGACCUUUCCUAGAGCUGCUGGAUCAAUGAAAAAGAAAAUAUGACCGUAUGGACUUGUAGAGCAUAAAAAUGUUUCAUAUUGAACAUAUUGUAUAGCUGUCACAUCAGGGUUUGUGCCCAUUUCCUUUGACAAGGCAGAGUGUCUCUCAUUGAUUAUCGGCGCAGCUGCAGAGCACCAGACCGGGUUUGUGUUGGUGCUUCUGGUUUUCCAGCUUUGUUAGAAGAAGUUUUAGGAAAUUUUCCAAAGUCUGACCAAAAAAAAAAAAAACCAGAUCAAACUAAAUGAGAUACUUGAGGGUCAGACCGACAGCGAGCUCCAGGUCACAUGACUUCCAGGGAGUAGAAAAGUGAGCAAGCUAUGACACAGUGAACCUUGCCCAUUGAGACACUCUUUGCUCAAACAGAGUCAUGGGAAACUUAAGCUCGAGCAGGAACAAAGAGAGCUUGAUCCAUGGGAUGCCACGGUUCCUGAGGCACAUCAGUCUCCCUCUUUUUCUUUUUUUUUUUUUCUUCUUUCAAUCCUUUGCUGGGAAAAAGCGGGGUGAGCCAUGUUAGCUGGGCUCCUUCCAGUCUUAAUCAAACUCAUAGUCUCCUUUAGUUCGCGGGAGCUCAGCCAGGCAGGGAUUGAUGCGGAGGACCGAGACGUGGGUAAAUAGAAUCGUUUGUCAUGCUCCUGCUCUGAGGAGAGCGUCAGACUCUACAUCAGGACUGGAAGCUGCUGAUUUUACUGAACUUUACUGGACUUGCUCAUCCCAGAACAGGAUAGACCUGAGCGAGUGUACAGUGCUAGCUGUAUGGAAGUAAAUCUGUGCCAUCUGAAUUUGAAUUUCUAAAGCUGAAAUGUUUUUGCAUCAAAAUCAGACUUUGAAUUUCAAAACCAUUGAAUUUUUAAGCACGCAUUUUUAUCUCUGACACUAACUUUUUUUUCACAAUGAUGGAAUAAAUUUGGUGUAAAAAAAAACGGUCUCUUAAAAUAUUUGUUUAGUGAAAAUUUGACUUAAAGAAAAAUUAAAAAAAAAAUUUAACAUAAAAAAAAAAAAUGAAGAGUAAAAAUAUUCAGUGUAAAAAAACUCAGUGUAGAAGAGACCGACUCAAGAUCCAGGAAACCAGGGAGAAGCAAUGGAUGGAUUUCAUCUUCCACUGGGGUCGGUUCCAUAUGACCAAUCUAGAAUUAAUUGAUUGGCUGGACGAUGGAUGAUUGAGCCAGGAAUCGAUUGCUUCUACCUGGUUACCUGGAUGUUGAGUCUGUCUCUUUUACACUGAAUUUUUUUCCACUGGAUUAUUUGACAAUUAAUUUUGUUUUUUAUGCUUAAUUAUUUUUACACAGUUUUUUAAAGUCAAAUUUUUACUGAUGUUGUUUUGAAAUUCAAAUUCUGAUUUUGAUGCAAAAAUAAAAAAAUAAUUCAGCUUUAGAAAUUCAAAUUCAAUAUCAGAUGGCACAGAUUUACUUCCAUAUCGCUGUCUGGUCAACAUUUUGAGCAUCAUUUAAAUCCCUGUUUUCUUACACACUUGAAGGAACUGUGAGGUUCCACUUUUUUAGUGGAGAAAUAAAGAAAUAAAAAAGAUAAAAGGACCAUAAAAAGACAUAAAAGGACAGAGAAAAUUCAUGUGAGUUAUUUAAAGUAAAAAACAAUAUUUGACACUUAAAUGAACCCACAAAUCAUUUAUUGGUCAAUUACCUUCGUCUGUACGAGACCAGUUAACUUUUAAAUAGGUCUUUGAAUUCUGCUCGUUUUGUGUCUUGGGUUUUUGGGCACUUAAAAAUAAAUUCUCAAGUUCUUCACCGCAUCAAGUGCAACUACUAGUAUCUUAAUAAACUAAACAGUGUUAGACGUAACAUAUCAUGGGAAAUACGAACACAUAUUUUUGCACGUUGACACCUUGUUGUGUUGUGUGAUAUAAAACUAGCACACGAAUGUUCACUCUACUUAACAGUUAAUAUGAUACAACCAGUUUUGGCUUUAGUGAAUACUGAUUUUGAAGUUCUCCUUAGUUUAAUUAAGUGUUUUUAUCUUCUUUAUAUCUGCUGUCUGAACCUGAGUUAGUUCUCUCUCUUGUAUCAACAUGCCCUGGAGUGAAAAUAAAGCCUCUUUCAGUCCUAAAUUUAAACAUUUGCAAUGUCAAAUACACUGUAAAUUAAACAGCAGCAUCUCUACGCACACUAACUGUGAUGCCGACAGUCUUGUAAACGGCUAACUAACUGCGGACUGCUCUAGUUUAUGCAGCAUUUGAUUACCAAAUGACUUCCUCAAAAAUUCAUGGCAUACAAACAAAAGAAAAGAAGCUAAUUUUAGAUUUUCACUUUCUCUUGAGAAUGACGGUUUUUGCAGCACAGCCUCCUCUUUAAUGGCGCAUUGAGUCGUCCUCUCUGUACAGUUAAUUAUGAAUCACUGUAGGCUCUAAAAGAAGGGGCUUUCACGGGGGGAGCUGUGUGAUGUUGUCAGAGGAGAUGAAAGGAGGAGUUCUGAGGCUGCAGCCUCUUUGGGGCCCUGGCUGGUCAGUAUUCAAGCUCCUUGUCCAACUGAUAAUUAGCCACACUGUGCUGUCAGCCCACAGGCCCAGCAGCCAGAGUCGGGGAAAGUCCCACCUUAUUCUUCCUCCAGCUGGAAAGGCCCCCUGCUUGUAACCUGAGCCAGAGAGCCUUGAUGUUGCACACAAUGCUGGAGAUAAUCAUCUUACUAUUAUGCAGACAUGGUCGAGUACACUCUCAGCUGACUUUACUGUUUUUGUCCCCCCCCCUCCCUCUCACAGGCUCCACUUACAGCAUCUUGUCCACUAUGCCAUCUGACUCGGAGAGCAGCAGCUCCCUCAGCAGCUUAGGUGAGUGUGGCGCUUGUGGUGGUGCUCAGGUGUCCGGUGUAAAAAUGUCAACAAGAAAUACAAACCAAAAAAAAAAAUGUUCAAAAGAAUCGAGUUCAGAGCGCAGUCUGCAGAUAAUUUCAACCCAAUAACAGGCGGUCAUUGGUGGCUGCCUGUUUAGACUCUGAGCACAUGCAAGUGAUUACACAGAUGUGAGAAGGAUUUAGAAACCCGCUACCCCAGACACACACUCACACACACACACACACACACUCGCACACAGAAAUACACAUACAAAGACCUGACUUAUGUAGCCAUUCUCUAAAGGAGGGAGGGAGGGAGGAUUUGGGUCAUGCCACAGAAAGGUAAACAGGACAUUAUAUUGUUUCACUUCAGUUUCUUGGGAUAUUUUUUAUAAUGCAUUCAAAGGCACAAGAUACAGAGUUAUUAAGGUGAAUGAUUAAACAAAUGUUGGUUGUUAAAUAGUCGAGGCGAUUCAUGGCAAACUGCGAAUGAAUGCACAUAACAAAACUAAUAAUUCCACCCAUGUUAUUCAUGCACGCAUAUUGACCAAACAGAGAUCAUUAUUUCACACCUCGUAAUUUAAAGGGUUAAUGUCCUUAAAACUGAAACUUAAAUAUUAAAUGUGUAGCUGCGACUUCACAACAGCACCUAAGUUCAAUUUAGCCGUGUGGGCUGACACACUGCUCCCCCAUAAAGUGUGAUACAGUGUGUGAUCACACAUGUCAAGGCACCGCAGAAGCACGAGAGGCACAGGUUAUCAACACACAACAGGGAAGCCACAUGUGCACAUGCACGUACACACAAGACUGCUCCGCCCUGCUCUCUCUGACGCACGUCACCACCUCUAAGGAGGAACACCUUUUUUCCCCGCCGUUACACCUCUGUUUGUUACACAUUGCAGAUGAGGCGUAGAAAUAUCAGAGGUGCAGAGGAGUUUGAAAUUAAAGUAAAAAAGUGUGAAAAUUAAAGAGUGUGGAGUUCGACAUCCACCUAAAGAGUGUUUUAAAGGUAUCAGUGGUGCUGCAUCGUGGUCCUCCACACUCUUUGAGCUGUAGCACAGUAUUUUCCACCAGUGACAUGCUGACUCUCACAGGUACGUCCGGUCAAGCCUCCUCCCCUCCGCCCGCCCACAUGGACGGCCACCAGGUGAGCGAGAAGCUGGAGACGGUCCUGUUCCAGCUGCGGCACGUGACCCGCGAGAGAGACGAGCUACGCAAGCGCCUCGCUCUCUCCUCUCCUGGAAGCACCUUCGAUGACUGCAGGUACCGCUCUGAUCUCACGUUCCUGACUGCCUGUUUUCCCAAAUCAAACAUUUACAUAAAGGCAGAGGUGAUCCGGUGAACAGCUGCUCCCUGUGAAUACACUCAUUUUGCCAUGUUUGGCCACCAAAUGCAACAAAAAAACAAGUGAGCAGAGGUCUUCGUGACAUGAAAUAGCCUUAGAAAAUGCUCAACUCUGUAAAACAACGGGUAAGCAUGCAAAUUUAAUGAAUCCGCUCUUCCUCUUGUGUUCCCAAAUGCACAAAGUUUGUCUGAUGUUCAUUGUGUUUUUUUUUCUCUCUCGUCCUCCCAUGUGGUGUUUUUAAAACUAGAUCUUUUAAGCAUCCCCAGUUGAUUCCCCUUCUCUCCUCUGCUGAACAGACCAAACUCAAAAGCAGGUCAUGACUACGAGCGACUGAAGCUGCAGUGCAUGAAGGCGAUGGCGGACCUGCAGUCCCUGCAGAACCAGCACAGCACCACCCUGAAGAGGUGCGAGGAGGCUGUGAAGAAAGCUGACUUCUACCAGUGAGUGAAAAGCCCACUUUAAGGCUUUUUUUAUUUUUUUAUUUGAGUGAAUUUUUUAACAGUUGUGCUGCAAUUGUGCUGCAUGUGUUCACACUCAGCCUGCAGGGCUAGAUCUGCUUUUCAGUUCCUCCUCUGACAUAUUCACGGCAGAUUGCAUUGAACAGAUUUCAUUUUUGAGAGAGUUGAAGGGAUGAAGUCUUUAUAAUGGUACCAGAAGUGAGGAGUUAAGCCUUGAAAAAAAAAAAAAUCCUUCAUCAGUUUAAUUUGAUCCCUUCACAAAGUUUUUCAUAGCCUCCUCCUGCAGCAGCAGCAGCACAAAUCCCGAGUCAUCUCUUCACACCACGCUCGAGAGCAGGGACUGAUUUACUUCUCUAUAAGUCACGCCCUUGAGGAGUUCAUGCCAAAGUACGCUCUGUAAUCAUCAUCGUCAUCAUCAUCAUCAUCAUGUAAACCCUGUGUGCAUGGCACGGCAUCUGUGCCAUGAGGAUCAAGCCGCGGACAGAGCAUUUGUUGUCCCACGGCCGGUCCAUUUGUGUGAUUUAGUGAUGCCAUACUGUCUCCAAGUGUAGGGGACCGACAUCUGGCCCCAAUGCAAACAGACGGAGGACGGAUUAUUGCCAUGUUUAAGCCUCUCCUUCUGCCCCCUGUUUGCACCACAGAGAAAGUCUUUAGUUUAUUACGGCCUCCGUCUGCCUCUGCACUUAGUCAUUCACACUAAACAGCAUGCUCUGUGAAUGAGGCGUCACACUGCGCUCCGAUCAAUAAGUCACUUAACACGAAAGCUAACAUUAGCGCUCGGUGAUCAUGGAUGAUUUUAUUGGUCGUUAAUGUUUGCUCUGCUAAAAGUCAGACAGUGUUACAUAACUGGCUGUUUCAUUGUUAGUGUUGGCAUAAAGCUAAUCAGCAAAAUGGAAUUAAAAGAAAGAGCCUUUGAGAGAAGCAUUGAAACAAGAUUUUACUUUAAAGGAGAUUACUUACUUAUCUGCAUAUCCAGAUACAUAAUAGACUGUGUCUUUACUGCAGAGUGUCCUCCUACUCAUUAGGUCUUGUUACCUUUUAGAUGCAUCACUAACAAGAACGUUCAGCUGUGGUGAAUGUUAAAAAGACUUUCUUUAGCAUUCAAGUGUCUUCUCUGACACACACACAUCCUCCCAGUGAAUGAUUUUAAAAGCAAACUCAACACGUACCCUUUUAGUCUUGGUUUCAACUAAAUUUUAUAUCAUUAACUUAAUUUUGUUUGAGUGUUUAAACAUUUAUCUCUGCCUAGAUUUAAUAUCAGGAUCGUCUUUUAUUGAGCUAUUUUGGUGCUCUUAUUUUAGUAACUCCUACUUUUGUUUUUAUUUCAUUGUAUUUAUUGUUGCUUACAUUUGAUUUUAUGUUACUUUGUCUUUGAAUUUUAACCUUACCUCCAGUGUGUCCUCAUCUUGAAUUUUAAGAUGGGGUUUUCUAGGGCUGGGCGAUAAAGCAAACAUUUACUGAUACUGAAAUCCACGCCAAUAACCAACGUCAUUUUGCCCAUGUCAGUAUAUUUGGUGUUGAAACAAUACAAAAAUAAAAGACGCUGUCCUAUGUUGGAAAUGUGAGUCCACCCCAUCCAGUCCGUAACAAAGAGAGAAAGACAGGUGAGAAAAUGGAGGACGGUUCAAAAGUUGUAGCGGCUGAAGUAGAUGAAGUUAAUGUGGAAAGGGGUGAGCAGCUUGUGGAGUAGUUAUCGUCCAUUUAUCGUUAUCGAGAUGAACUGCUCAAUAUAUGGUGAUAUUGAUUCGAGGCCAUAUCGCCCAGCCCUAGCAUUUCCUCAGUGUGCACAUUCCUGUUUGUACUAAAUCGAGCUCUUUUCAAGUCAAUGUGUUUUAAUACUCGUUUGUGUUGUGCUUGGAUUGGAUUGGAGACAGGGAUGCUGUAGAGUCAGAUAUUCUUUGUUUCUUUUAUUCUUCUGUGUAAAGAACUUUCUGCUACAUUGUUUUGUAUGAAAAGUGCUCACACAAAAAAAAAUCAGUCUUAUCUCUGAUGGUCUGGAGGCAUCUAUAUCAGUUUUCACCUGUCUCACAAGAGCUCAGAGUAUUUCUUUAAUGAGUCAUCAGUAACACUUUUGCCUCCAUACUGAUUCAAAGCGUAGCUGUCAGAGUCCACAGUCUGAUGCUACAGUCUAUACUGUGUCCAUAGUACGCUGCACAGCCGUCUGGUGAGUGAGCAGGCCCAGCUAAAAGAGGAGCUGGAGGCGGUGCGACAGGACAACAUCCAGCUGGUCAGGGAGCACAACCACGUGAAGCAGGCCUGCGAGGAGCUGAGGAGGCUGCACGAGGAGGACCAGAGGGAGGUAGCUGACAUGAGGAUGCUGCACCAACAGGUACCUGUGGAGCUGAAAAUCUCCUUAACAUUAAUGCUUAAACAGCUUUGAAUUAAAACACAGAUAGACGCGUUGACUGAUGCUCACUGUCUGCCUGCUCCUACACACACUCAUUCAUAUCUCCAUCUGUCCUUGACAUCAAAUCAUCAGGAUCUUCACAUCAAAGACCGAAUCAAUUGCUUCCUCUCUCCGACCAUUAUUUCCAAGAUAAGGACAUGGCUCAGAGAAACAGGGUCAGAUAAGCUUGUCCUUCAGAGUCUUCACCGAUCAAAGGACUCCUUCAAAUUAAACAAACGACCGAACCUGUUUCAGUCAGAGCGUGGGAUUAUGAAAUGAUUUUAUAGCCACGGGGCGUGCCUUACAAAAUAAAAGCCCUCUUGUUUUAGGAGCUCAUGUCAUCCUGAGGCAAACUUGUGUUCAGCAUCAGUCAAAUUAGAAAACAAAUUAGCUGAGCGAUGUCAGUCCAGAGUCAACAUUUAUUGUGUGGUUGUUACACAACAGCGACAUAUGGUACACGGUUAAGUACAAACUGAACUUUGUGCAGCUUGAGACCCAUCCUGGUUCCUCUUUAAGGAGGGUUCGAGCUCUGCAGUCAUAGUUAGUACUGACUGCCUUCAAACUCUCUAGAAAAAUAUGACCAGUUAAGUUAGUCACUAACAGCGUUAGUGUUGGGCGGUAUGAACAAAAUCUUAUAUCACGGUAUGAGUAAUUUCAUAUCUUGGUCACGAUUUACAGCAGACCAGUCUGGCGAUAUUUUAUCACAUGGCGUACCUUUGGCGAAAGACUCUAUCAAGCUCUUUUGUAUGAGAGGAGCUGCUGCUGCUUUAGUUUUCGGAGCAGCCGGUGCGCUACACAUCUUUUGGCUCUCAUAGUCGAACUUGGCGUGUUUCAUCUUUAGGUGGUGGAAGAGGUCACUGGUGUUUCCACCUCCAGCAAUGACAGCCCACACGGCACUCUUUGCGUAGUAUCGUUUUUUGAUCAUUGUCGGAUUUUCUAGAUCCGACAAUGAUCAAAAAACGAUAUUGUGACUCACGCCCUUUUUCGGCACAAGUUCCUCCUCCUCUUCCUUAUAUUGGGUGGGUCGGGCUGCCUCUGUUUUCUCGGUACUGCCACUAAUCUCCGUGUUUGCCAUGACCACCACCAGUGAAGCUGUUUCUUCUUCGUCAAAACUAUGCCAAGCAGUCUGCUGAACACGCUGGUGAUUAUAGGGAGCACACCCAAACCUGACCAAUCAAGCAGAGCGAACAAACUUCACACAACAUGCUGGUAAAUAUAAGGGAACGCACCCAAACGGACUUGCUCCGGCUUUCCUGUUAGCGAGCGCAGACAACUACACAGUGACUCAGAGAGAUGCAGCAGACAUCUGCUCUCUCUCUCCGGUAUAGCAAAAUUUCUACCGAUAGACACGUUUAUACUGUCACAUGGUAUAUACCGUCAUACCGCCCAACACUAGACAGCAUUAAUAAUAUCUCUGCUCAGUUAACUUAUAGAAAACAGUGGGAACUAAUGGGACCUUCUACUAAUCGAAUGAUGCAGGGACACUCUGUUUCAUUGUUUAUCAGCACCUUUAUUGUUCUCAUUUGGACACGCCACAAAUAGAUGAAAGGAACAGCCCCCAUUGUCCUCCCCUGACUCACUAAAGCCUCUGAUCGCUGUCAUCUCCAGGUGAUGAGAGAGGGCUCAUCUGAUGUCCUCAAUAAGCUCUACGACUCCGCCGUGGACAAGCUGGAGGCCAUGAAAAGCGACUACGAGCUCCUGAGGAAGCGCUACAACGAGAAGACGGCCGGUCACAACGCAGACCUGAGCCGUCUAGACCAGGCCGAGGAGGAGAACCACCAGCUGCAGAAACAACUGGACAUGCUGCUGAAACAGAGAGAUGCCGCCAUCCACUACCAGCAGCAGUACUCCUCUUCUAUAAGAAGGUAAAGCUGGACAUAUCGCAGAGACCAAAAAUCAGCUGCACAGACAGGCGUAGCAGCUGUCAAAAGUCAUACAAACUCAGUUGAUUUUAAUGCCAAGGUCAGAUCUGCACAGUGCUUAAAUCAUUCUUAAUCCAAAGCAGACUAAGCUUUGCAGACGGGCAGAUGCUUUCUAAAUUUAACUUUUUCUUUUAUAAUGCUGAGAUUUCAAUCUUAGGUCACUUGCUGUUUUUGACUGUCUAUGUAUUGGUUUUAUUUAUAUUUAUUAAAAAGACAUUCAUAUAGACGUUCAUAUAGAAAGUGGAACAGUUUCUCAGACAGAGUAAAAGCAACACUUUCUCCAUGCUGCACAGGUUUGACAACACGCAACAGGAGCUGUCCAAGGCGGCAGCGCAGAACAAGGAGCUGCUGCGAGAGAUGGAGCGGCUGCAGUCGGAGGCUACGCGGCUGAAGACGCAGCAGCUCAAGGCGGCCAAAGACUCUGAGAAAUACAAGGAGGAGCGGGACUCUGUGAUCAACGAGUACCGGCUGAUCAUGAGUGAGCGGGAUCAAGUGAUUAAAGAGGUGGACCGGCUGCAGACCGGGCUGGAGGUGGCAGAGGCCAAGCUGAAGAAUACCUCUUCAGAGAGGCGGGUGGCCAAUGAGGAGCUGGAGGCUCUCAGACAGGUGACAGCUCUGCUUGUAGUGAAUUGGGGAACUUUUUUAUAUUUUAUAGAGAUUUUCAAUGCAACCAACAACGAAUGCACUAAAAAUUGUUUAGCUGUUGUUUGAAAUUGCACAUUAAUUAAAACAAAAGGAAAAGGAAGAUAUUGAAGAUGUAAGAAGGGAUGAACACAUUAAUUUCUGCAUCAUAUUAAUAUAUAUGUUAAUAGAAGUUUUUAGCAACAUAUGAAAAAGCCUUUUUUAGUUUUUGCUGUGUCAACAAUUCUCAACCACUGAUUGACUCCACAGUUAAAGGCACUAUAAGGAGUUUUUAAUAAGCUGAGGAACAAGCUGAAGCUGAUUCUAGUUUCUCUUUAUCACCUCCUAAAGCAAAUGAAACCACAGAGGAUUUCUUUGUUGUUAUAUUAAAUGACUGAAAACACUGUGAGGGGGGGUUGAUGUCAAACCAGAUGAUUGACAGCAGGCUGAAAAAAUCAGUUUUACUCUUUCAUACCAUAUUUACUAAGUAAAUGAAACAAGAAAAGAGAUUAGAGGUACCAGUUUGAUCCCAAGGAGUGGCAGUUACAUUUGGCUAAUUUGCUGCUGUGUGUGUAAAAUUAUAAAUUGUAAAAAGAUUUUUGAACAUAAAAAUCUAUAAAAAAAUUGUAAAACAAAAAAUCGCGAUACUUUAUUUUUAUUUAGUUAUUUAGUAUUUUUAUUACCUGUGGGUCCAAAUUACUUUGAAUUUAACAUUUUCUGCCCACUCAGCUUGUCUUGUAAUCAUGCUAAAGCCAAACUAUCAGUUGCAAAGUGUGUUUUCUUCAAUUUGGCUGAUGUCUCUUUAACUCAGCUCUUGCAUUUUUGACAUCCCUUUCCUCUUUUUGUCAAGUAUCAAACACAACCAGAUCUUUGUCGUGUCAAUAAACCAACACAGGAUAAACAUUUCAAUAAUACAUCUUUGAGUCACAGAAGUGAACUUUGGACUUCAUAACCCACUUGCAACCUAUUUCUGUGUUUUGAAGGAGCUGGCCUCAGCUCUGGUGGACAGGGACCGGGCCAUCUGUGAGAAGAACGAGCUGCUUGAGAAAUACUGCCACGAGGUGAAGGACAAGGCCGAGGCCCAGAAGGAGCUGAGCCAGGCCUGCAAGGACAUCGAGACAGUGCGUGAGGAGAGGGACGUGGCCCGCAAGGAGAGGACGGAAGCCAUCAUCCAGAGGGACCAGCUGCUACGAGAGUAUUACCAGGCUAGACAGGUACCGAGACAGACUGGAGAUUUAUCACUACAAGUACAGGGAUUGAUUUAUUCCUCUGACAAUAAUCCCUUCAUCCCCUCUUAUAUAGUUAUAGUUAAUGUUUUUCUCUUCCAGCAGCUGGGGGGUUACUACACAUUGAUUUCGACCUGAAUGUGUGUAUCAUCCAUCACACAAUCAUGAUUGUCAGAUUAAUUACAAUGAAAGUGCUGAGAUUCCUGCAUUAGCAAAUUACCAGCUCUUACAGCGAAAAAAGCUCUCUGACUUCAAAUUCCCCAUAAAAGCUGCAGCAGGAAGAAUAAUUAAGCCAAACAGGAGCGUAGUAGAGUCUAAUGGAAUUAAUUUAGCCGUGGGUUUAAUUAAUGCUCUUACUACACACUGAGACGUCUCCCUGUUGUGCAGUUAUUUUGAGACUUAGAGACAGAGAACAUGUGCUACAGAUUCACUUGCAGACUGAGACAAACUCUCAUUAUUCUAUAUCUGACCCACUUCAAAACACACAACCUUAUGACUGUUCUGCCUAAAGCCACCUCUAUAAAACAUGAUGGGCAGAAGUUGCUAUUUUGGUUUGCAGCAGUUUUAUUUUUGAUGUUUGUGGUUAAGCAUGAUGGGAAAUUACCCCUCGAGUUGACUUAGUUUGAGUUUUUUUUUUUUCCUUUUUUAACGGCAGAGUUACCUCGAAAUUUCCAUGCAGAAGAGCCUAACACGCUGCAGCACCACAUGAUGACUGUUAAAGCCACAAAACAAGCUCUAACUCUGGAAAGUUUCUGUGAACUAUGACCUUCAUCUUCAUGCAGGAUGAAUGUGUCUGCGUGGACUUGACUCUUGCAGUGUGUUGCAUUAAAAGUUAAGACGAGACAAGAUUGAACCCAAUCUCAUAGGAUCAGUCCUGCUCGCAGUCAUGCACUUUGUUGCAUUAAGCAAAUUAUAGUGGAGAGGAAAAACUUCCUUUAAAGACCCAAACUGAUGAAAAUCCUGUUUUUCUUGUUGUUUACAUGUCCAUAUUGCAUUUUUCUGAUGCUAGAGGACAUAUCAUGAGAAAACUAAAGGUCCUAUCACACCAGGACUGUUUCACAUACUGUGUGUCCACUUCUGACCAAUCGGAUUGCGUGUUGUUGAGACGUCAGAUUCACCGGUAUAUCCAACAUGGCCGACCAGCUGAUUGUUUAUGUGUCGGAGAACAAAGUGCUUUUUGAUAAAAGACACAAACAUUACAAAGAUAAUGACCUGAAGGAUAGUUUGUGGAGAGUCAUAGCAUCUGAUCUCGCAUAUGAUAAUGGUUUGUGUGCUUUAACAGUUUGCUAAACGUCUUUGUUUUAACUUUCAUCUGUGCUAACGUAUGCUAAUGGUUAUUACAACAGUUUCAUGUGCUUAUCUUAUCGCCUCUGAUUGGCCAUAAGUGCUGACCGUUUGGCUUGAACGUGUGAUGACGCUUCCUGCGUCCUGCCUCCUUCCAGCAAAGGAGGCAGGACUUUCCCCAGAAAAAGUCUUACCCGGGUAAAAUUCGCCUCCGAAUAUUUCGUAAUUUCGCGUUCUAUAUUCGCGUCGGCCCCAUGUGUAAGGACCUUAAGAGCAAAAUUGUGUUGCGGAGUAUUUCCGCGUUCAAAUCUGGCAGACCCAAAUGGCGGGUUCAGACAGUGAGAUUUCUUACAUCACAAUUUCAAGCUCCGCCUCCUGUGCCUCUCUCUGCAGGCCAGACUCCGAGAAGUAGAGAGGAUGAUCGCAGAACAAGCGUGUGCUUUAGCGGAUUGCAAUGCUCAUGAGGAAGCUAAUUAUGAUAUUAGCUUUCAUCGUGUCCCCAAAGACAUUAGUGUCCGAGAGCUGAAUAUCUCCUAUGUUACCUGCUACUUCUGCUGCACCGGCAAUUUUAGGCUACAAGCUCGCACGAAGUAGAGGUUGCAGAGCAGGGCUGUCUCCGCCCACGACUCAGGACGAAUUGUUAAUGAUCUACUGGAGCUCUGCCGAAAAAAAACCGCUGAAAGUGACACAGGUAAUGGGACUUUGGCUAAAAACUUCAUAGUCACAAUUUAAAGACCACUGAGAACAAUUUAAGUAGGAAAAAAAAUUUGAUCCAAGUGGGACUUGAACAGGCAGAAACCUUGAACAGAACCAGACUCAUGUUAGACAGUGAUCUGCGGGUACUGAUGACUGACAAAGCAAUAUAUGGAUUUUAUUUUCUGAGUGUUUUACAGCGGUUAAAACACUAAAGGGACACAUCAGAGAUAAAUAUUGCAUCGCAACCAAAGUCUUCACUACCCUCAAUAUUCUGACAUUUCCCAGGUCGUCUGUCUGCCACUGUCCCUAAGAAUCAACCCUAAUGUUCCCUCCAAUGUUCCCUCUGUUACUCUCUAAAGAACUUAUAAACACAUUCACGGCUUUGUUGGAAAGAGCUGGAUUUUGUUUUUCAUGCCUUUUCCACCGUUUUACAGCCUCUUCACCUCUAAUUGUUCUCAUUCGCAGUUUGGCAAAUACCAGCACUCUGUAAAAGCCCUUUGGGGUCCCAUAUAGAUGUUUAAAUCACGUUUACUUUUAUUACAGACAAUCUAAGAGCAGAGGAGCCAUUAAACUCAGUCAUCUGGUCUCUGUAUGUUUUCUGUUUGUCACAUUUUAAGGACAUUUGACAGUUGACAGACACAAUGUCUGAGUCCCAUAAAAUGACCGAAUAAGACAGAAACUUUUUAGAUUGUGAUUUAAACGACAACUAAGAGGAGGUAUUUUAUUCUAAAGAUAAAUCAAAGUUUUUGUCUGUUUUGAUUGUUAACAUGACGUCAAAUGUUGGUCUGAGUUCCGUGACUUUUUCUGCACUAUCAGGGUGUGCAGUUUAAAUCUUCAAAUUAUGAAUUUCUAAUCACUUCUUUUACUUUCUAUCCCCUCCCUCAGAAACAAGACUCUGCCACUCUGGACAUGGAGCGAGCAAACAAAGAGAUCGACAUACUGAGGAAGCAGUACGAGGCCAUCUCUCAGGAGCUGAAGGAGGCCCUGCAGGAGGCAGAGGUGGCCAAGUGUCGGCGGGACUGGGCCUUCCAGGAGCGAGACAAGAUAGUGGCCGAGCGGGAGAGCAUACGGUGAGGAGCGACUAUGAAAAAAUCUUUUACAUUUGCAUACAAAGGCAUGAAUGUGUUUGAAAUACUCCAGUGAAAACGGACCAAGUGUUGUGUGACUCUUGAUGAAAAUGUCUCCAUCAGCACGCUGUGUGACAACCUGAGGCGGGAGAGGGACAGAGCUGUGAGCGAUCUGGCAGACGCUCUGAGGAAUCUGGAUGAUAUGAGGAAGCAGAAGAACGACGCUGCACGGGAGCUCAAAGAGCUGAAGUGAGUCAUUCCCCUUAACUCUUUUUUUUUCCUUGUUAGGCAUGUGCCAGCUCCUGCAUUAUUUUUAGAUCUCAAACUCAAUUUGUAUUCAAAGAGUUCCUUCUCUCUCUGUCGGGGUCCCAGCUUUUUCAGUUUUUCAAACUCAGGCCGCAGAUCUCAUGUCAGGUCUUUGGUGCCACCCAGUGGAAGGUUUAUGUCACUGACAGAGCAAAGAUUCAGACGACUUCCUCGUCUUUAAUUCAAAGAGCCAUGCUGUUUUAUGUUCCCUACAGGGAAAAGAUGGAGGACCAGUUAGAGAAGGAGGCGAGGUUUCGACACCUGAUGGCUCACAGUUCGCACGAUUCAGCCAUCGACACGGACUCAAUGGAGUGGGAGACGGAAGUUGUUGAAUUUGAAAAGCACAGAGUGAGAACCUCAGCAAAUCUAAAAACUUAAGUGUCAGUGAAUGAACUCAAACUUUAAAUGUGUGGUUACUAAACAAAUAAUUUUGUCUGUUUCAGGACAUGGAUUUGAAGGCGCUUGGGUUUGAUAUUGCUGAAGGGGUAAAUGAUCCAUAUUUACCGGGAGAUUGCGGCAUAUUUGUCAGUAAGGUGGAUAAAGGAAGUAUUGCUGAAGGGAGAUUAAGGUAAGCAUUUCAUUUCUGUGUAACUCUCAUAAUUUGGCAAAUUUUGAGGAAAGACAUCAAGACACAGACAGUGACGCAAUAAAGGCCGUCUGUGUAGGUCAGAAUCUUCUCCAAUGCAGAGCGUUAAACAAACCAGGGAUAUACACAAGCAGUAGAGUUUAAUAAAACGCAGAACCAGCAGAACAGAGAUAUCAUGAAAAGACAAACAGUUAAAUCGCAGAGGCAAACAAUACAGACUAAAACCAGGUCAAGGAAAAAUCACACUUUUCUUUUCUUGCUCUGAUUUACCUUGAAUGCAACGGGGACAUGAGGAGAGAGAGUGUUGUGUCUGCGUCUGAAAAUGUUGAUUUUACAAACAAUACACUCCAGUUUUAUGUUCAAACCACUCGAGUUAUGUCACAGAAAAGUUGGUGAAUACCACCAGCUGACAUAACGUUUUGUUAAAACUACAUCAGUGUGCAAGAAAGAAACCACACAAUCCUUCUAGUGAAGUGAUUUCAGAUUACAUUUAGUUUCUGUUUACUUUUGGGAAAGAAACACAGAGACUGAUGUCGCAAUCUGACAAAGUGGCUGAAAAAGUUUCUUGUUUUUGCAAAAGUUCUCUAUGACUUUGAAGCUGCUCAUCUAAAGUUGUUAAUUUGUUUAAAAAAAUGGUAGAAAUCAAGAGACAAAUGCUGCAAAAGAAGUUUUGUUGGGUUUAAACUCUAAAGUUGUUUUAGCAGCAAAGUGUUGCCAAUUUUCUCUGCUUUUGAAAAAGCACACGCUGUUAUGUUUGGAAGUAACCCAGUGCUAAAUGUCACUAGAAACGGUUUGAUAGUUGGAGAUGAGCUGAGAAGAGCUUUUGUAUUUGCAAAACAAAGAGGGGGAAAUAAAUGUUGGUAUGUUAAUAAGCUUCACUUGACUCUUUUUGCUCAGUUUCGGGGCUCUGAAGUUUUUUAUUCUCUGAGAAAGGCCAUGGCAGAAAAAGUUUGAUAACCACUGAGCUGAGUUUAAAAUGCUUUGUUUGAAGAAUACUUGCAAAGAGGAGAAGAUUUUCUCUGCAGGGAAAGAAAAAAUCAUUGUCUACAGUUAGAAAAGUGUUCAAUUUUUAAUAAAAAUAACUCAGUCCUCCAGACAUUUUUGCUUGAUACUCAAGAGUCUUUCAGUUUUUACUCGGGAAUCAUCUCAACCUGCGUCUCUUCUCUCUGUGCAGGGUGAACGACUGGUUGUUGAAAAUAAAUGAUGUGGACCUGACCAAUAAGGACAGGAAGCAGGUGAUCAAAGCGGUGCUGAGCGGAGAGGGAGUGAUCAAUAUGGUGGUCCGCAGGAGGAAGUCGCUGGGAGGACGAGUCAUCACGCCGGUCCAGAUCAACCUAGCUGGACAGAAAGGUCAGCUUCAGGCUUUAACCGAGAAACAAACUGAUUCUUUGACUUCGUAUUUUCUAUUUAAACAACUGUAAUUGAAGUUCUUGAAACUCUGUGUUGAUAUUAUCUUAAAAUAAAAGUAUACUCUUCUUUUCUCAGACAGCGGCAUCGGCCUGGAAAGUGGAGUGUAUGUCGCCUCUUUGGCUCCAGGUAGUCCAGCUGCCAGAGACUGUGCUCUUACUGUGGGGGACAGACUGUUAGCUGUGAGUACACCAAACAAAAACUGAGCAGAGAUGAUGCCCUCUACUGCCCCCUGCUGACCACACACAUCUAGCUUUCAAUCAAUAAACACACCAGAGUUUCUUCAAAGACAAGGACACAAUGUGGACCGUAAUUUAUUUGGGCAUGUUUUUAUUAUUUAAAACAGAUCAACGGGAUCGCCCUCGAUAACAAGUCGCUCUCUGAAUGUGAGUCUCUGUUGAGGAACUGCCGUGACUCUCUCAGCGUCUCCCUCAUAAAGGUGAAGUCCCUCAAAAACACUCCUAAACCCAGAUCCAGGGUCAGUUAUAAGGGAUCAGCCAAACCCUUUGAGAGCUUGUCUGCAAAGAAAAUCCAUUGUGGUUAUAAUUUCUGUAGCGAAUAAGCGUUUCUUUUCUUUUAUUCCUGAACAGUUCCUCCCGCAAAGCUGCUCCGGUCAGAGUCUGGUGGAAAGUUUGAGGGACUCUGAAAAGAUCUCGCGCCUCCAGUCUUGUGAGAUUCAGUCCCGGAACUGCAGAAACUCGAAGCACGGCUGCUCCAAGCACAACUGCUCGACGCAAACGGAGAUCUGCAGCUGCGAGUCAGGUGGCAGAGGGGAAGAAGCGUGCAAGGAAAUGGACGACUCUUUGGAAAACAGCAGCAGCAGCAGCUCCUACUGCCACCACAAACCUUUCUCCAACAGCUCCCUUCACUCCCGCUCCCUCUCCUCCUCCCACAGCCCCUCUGAGCCCCACCCAGACUUCUGCUACAGGCGGCAGGAGCUCCACCACCGCCCUUUCACCUUCACCCCGGUGCUCUCCGACUGUGGCUCACCUCAGACCGCCGUGGAACGAGUGCAGAGCCCACCAGCAAAGCCUAGCGGAGGCACUUGGCCAAAAGUCAUAGCAGGAGGGUCAAUCCCAGAGUGCGCCCAACUCUCCAUCUACAAAAAAGUCAAACAGAGGAAGUCCAUCUUUGAUGUGGCGGCCUUUAGGAGGCCUGAUGUUCCCCCAAAACUGGACUACAUGUCCCUGUCUCAGAUGCCAAAACACUCCCCUCAGAGUUCAGUAUCUGAAUCCGCUCAGGCGCCACCUACCCCACCAGCCAGGAGCGACUCGUUCAGGUUCAAACACCGCCAACAGAACAGCUCCGCAUCCGACUCCACCAUCACCACCAGCACUCCCCCCGCCUCACCAGCUCAAGCUAAGAGCUCACAAGUGGAGGGAGAGGCCGGGAACCAGUUUUACUACACUCACACUCCUCCAGGCGAGAACAAGAGCGGCGCCAAGACGCCCUCAGAGGAUGAGGGGGGUCGACACAGGGCCGGGGAGCCAGCGAAGAGAAGGUACCGGCCAAAAUCAGCACCGGCACUGCGGCGAAACGUGACUCCCCUACACAUCCCCGUCCCAAUGCAGGUAAAUGAGAUCCGGUCUUUAUCAGAUCUGGCUCUGCUGCAGAUGUUUCAUGCCAGUGUUUUGACCGUUUAAUUGCUCCCCGCAGGUUCAGAGUUUCUCAAAUGACGAGCACUCCCCCGAGCCGAUGGACUUGUUACGCUUCUCCCCUUUACGAACUAAUCGGUACAGCAUGAACUUUGCACCUCCGAGCUACAACAGCAUCACAGGCCGUAAGUCAUCAGACAGUUAUGCCUCAAAUCUAUGAGGUAAAUGAUGACAAAAGUCUGUAUUUGAAACUUACUUCAAAAUAUGUGAUUCGAGUUGUUGGUUCUAAAGUUUCACUCUCAUCAUCCACCUUUUUAAAGAAAUUUCUCUGCACUUGGUCUCACGGAAGAACACGGUUUUUCAUGUCAGAGUUAUUUUGAUAGAAAGAGUUUGAUGCUGCUGACACUAUAAUAGUUUGAUAAUAAUAGUUUGACAGCAUAGAAAAGCAGCUCUUUAUACAACUUUUACAAAACACAGUACAUUGGGAGUUUUUUAACAGCUAGUCUAAAACUUUUUAGUCAAAGUUUGAUAAAGGUUAACCCUCAAAAUCCACCUGGAGAUCAAAACAAACAAAAAAAAAUGAUGUCCUUUAUCUUUUGUCACCCUGUCUGUUUUCGUACAAUCCUUCCAUUGGUUCCCCAUCCAGACCCGGCACAGCGAGGUCUGGCCCCGUGUCCUGCUGUCACAGCUGUGAUGAGGAACCCGGUCUACACCGCCUGGAGCCACGAGAUCCAGAACAACAACUGUCCUCCAGCUCCCGGCUCAGGGGUCCAUCCACAAUCACACUCAAGGUGCUCCCAUCUGCCGGUGGUUUUAUUGUUUCCCAGGAUCAUUUGCUCACAUUGAAAGGCUCUGUGAGCUGAAAUUGAACCCUGUGAAAACAAUUACACUGAAAAUUUUUACAUUCAGCUCAACAAACUUGAGUCUUUUUCAAGUUUGAGUCUGUCUCUCUUUUGGAUUAUCGGUUAAAAAUACCCUUAAGUUGUCCCAUUUGCACCGCUGCUGCUGCUUUUAUCUGUCUGACAUCAAUUUAAUGAACCCUGUGAUGGAGUAUUAAACGUUCAAAGUAAUAUUUAUGCCGCCCCAGAUCUCACGAACAGAUGGUGUGCAGCAAAUGAUAUCUUGCUCUGGGUUGAAUAAUUGACCGCCCGGGGACUCACCGGGGCCUUUUUUUUCUCCUCUUUUAGCCCCCAGCAUCAAGGUCGCCACAGUCUGGACCUCAGCCACAAGCGGGCCGGAGACUCGACGGAGACGAGCUGCAGCCAACCGCCACACAGUACCAACUCCCUGCCAUCCAGUGCCAGACUGGGUACAUAUGGACUCCUAGAUCUGAGUGUGUGUCACAGAGUCAGUCACAGAAAAAAGAAAAUCAUUCAUCCCUGACUCGUAACUUUAGUUCUUGUUUAGUUAAGCGAACUUCAUUUUAGAUAUAAAAGGGAUAUUAGAGGGUAAAAUUAAUUUAGGGUCAAACACACCGCAACAUUGAGUUAGACUCCCCCUCGAGAGAUGAAUGUUGCCGACCGCUUGCCUUUCUAGUUAUACCAACUUUAGUAACGACCACACAAUAGCAAUACACAGCGGUUUCAGGAGCAAACCUCAACCAAAACGCCACUCUAUAGCCACAAGUAAUGCUCAGAACAGCACCUAACUUCAUCAACAGUACAUAUAGGGUCCCAGCCAUAGUACUAGGCACCAAACAUCUUUUUAGCUUUGCCUGAUUUCUUUAGCAAAGAGACUAAACACAACUCACCUACUCUCUUCCAGCAGCCGUUUGUUUGUACGGAGACCUCUGAGCGAGUCCAUUACGGAGUGCAGCGGGGUGACACAGCUCAAGGAAGAACAUUUAUGAUCAUUUUUCCAUGGAAAUGCAAUCAGACCGAGAUAACAAGGCAGAAGAACUACCACGUCUGCAAUGCAAAAUGUUUAAUUUGGUGAUAAUGACUUUAAGGAAAUUGUAAAGAAAUGAUCAUAAAUGUUCUUCCUUGAGCUGCGUCCCCCACUGAAGUCCGUAAUGAACUGGCCCGGGCCUCGCUAGAAACAAGUGGCUGCUGGAAGAGAGUAGGUGAGUUGUGUUUAGUCUCUUUGCUAAAGAAAUUAGGCAAAGUUAUAAAGCUGUUUGGUGGUUAGUACUAUGGCUGGGACCCUAUAUGUACUGUUGAUGAAGUUAGGUGCUGUUCUGAGCAUUAUUUGAGGCUAUAGAGUGGCGUUUCGGUUGAUGUUUGUGUGUGGCUCCUCAGACUGCUGUGUAUUGCUAUCGUGCGGCUGUUACUAAAGUUGGUAUAACUAGAAAAGCAAGCGGUUGGCAACAUUCAUCUCUUGAUGGGGUGUCUAACUUGGUGUCACAGUGUGUUUGACCCUAAAUUAAUUUUACGUUGGAAUAUCCCUUUAAAUUAAAUUCAUUAAAAGUCAUUAAAAAGUACUCUCCCUGUUGACUUCUAGUUUGGAUAAUAACAGACUUUCUUCUCUUCGUCUUCUUAGGCUCCUCCAGUGCUUUACAGUUUCGGGCAGAGCGGAUAAAGAUCCCCCCCGCUCGUUAUCCCCGCUCCACAGGCUCUGACAGAGGUACACUUGACUUUGGCAGCUCCACUGCCUCCUUUAACAGGUGCUUCAGCAGCAAACACGGAGUCUGAAUUCAAAGCUCUCUCUCCCCCCCUCUGACUCUCCAGGCUCCCUCUCCCAUUCGGAGUGCAGCAGCCCCACACCUCCCAUGUCUCCCAUCAACCUGGAAACAUCGUCUUUCACCAGCAGCCAAUCGCAGAGCUCCAUCUCCCCCCAGCCCAGGAUAUCAGUCAGCCCCGCUCCAGUUGGUGACAGGCGGAAGGAUGGGUAGGCUUGCCCACGCAUCCGGGUCAUUACACUGCCAUCAUUCAGCAGAACAUGACAUGUUUUCUACCAUUUGUCUGUACUUCUGUCUGCUUCAUUGUGAUUGAGUGUCUGUAAAGCAGUAAACAAAGCUGCGAGGCUCCAUCUCAUAUUGUUAGAACACAGUUUUCAUCUAUCAUGUUGUACUCAUCCUCCUCCUGUCUGCCGCUGUUCUCUUUGACCUGACUCUUUUUGUCGUGCUGUGGGUGAUCAGUCUCUCUUUUCUCCUCUCUAAUUCUUCUUCUCAGAUGUGUUACUUAUAACUCUACUUCAGUCAGACUCCCACUGGCAGUAAAGCCACAAUUCCUCUCUUUAAGAUGCUUGAGGUUUGUCCUGUGCUGCUCUCUGCAUGUGUAGUAUGAUCACUAUCUGCAGGACUGUUAAAGGCAUGUGUCUAAAGAUCUAAUGUUUCCACGCUGCACAUGGAAAUAAUAUGUUUUAGCCCUGUGACACUAAAUUUGUCUCAGUUUAGAGUGUUUCCUCUUUUUUUUUAAACAAGAGCACAAAAACACAAAGCAGAUGAAGAAAAUACAAAAUCAUACAUGUAGGUGUGGUGAAAACUACACCCGAAUGACAAACAGGAAGUUAUAAAACUUCCAAAACAACCCAAGUAUUAGUUUUCACAUUAAAUAGCAGCCCUGUGUCCCCUAGAGUCAUCCUUUCCUUUCUAUUAUUUAUUCAGAAUGAUGUUUAAUUUUUGAUGAUUGCAUGACUUUUAAAUGGAAAAUGCACUUUGCACAUUGAAGACAGCGUCCCACAGGCUUUUAUUUUAUAAUAGAGACUUGCCACGCAUCUUUAUUUUAAGGAAAAUCACAGUACAGAGAGAUACACUUUACGAAACCAUCCCAGUGCAACCAGAAGCUUCUUUAAAUCGGAUUUGGAGUUAUGCUAAGUUUGUGUCAUUCAGAGUUGCAUUUUCAAACUUGCUUAAAGCCUCGUAACUUUCUACAGUUGCACAAAUGUUCGUCUUUAUUUUCCCCCCCCUGAAGGCCGUACUUAGAGGAGCCACGCAACGUGACAGUCCAGAAAGGAGCAGAACCUCUGGGGAUCUCCAUUGUGAGCGGAGAAAACGGGGGAGUGUUUGUGUCCAAAGUGACAGCAGGAAGCAUCGCACACCAAGCUCGGUUAGAGUACGGGGACCAGCUCCUGGAGGUACGUCAGCAAGCGAGCGCAAACUCCCAACUACACGACUAUCUUUUCUUGUUGCUCUGUGUCUAAUGAGUCAGUGGUCUUUCCAGUUUAACGGCAUCAACCUCCGCAAUGCCAACGAGCAACAGGCCAGGCUGGUGAUUGGGCAGCAGUGUGAUACAGUCACCAUCCUGGCUCAGUACAAUCCUCACAUGUUCCAGCUGGGAAACCACUCACGAUCAGGGUAAGGAGAUGACAGAGUUAUGAUCAGUCACACAGAUUUUGUGUUGUCGAAUGAGCCAAUCUGGGAUCAAAAACGUACCAGUACAGAGCCAGUGAAAGUUGAUCAAACCCAAGCAGAAAUAUUCACGCUGUAUUUGAAGAGUGAAGAGUAACAUGGUUAGACUUUAACAAUGUUUCUGAAGUAGUUAUUCUUCACAAAGCGAAAUAUCUCUCUUUCUAUAACUUAGAUUUUUCUGGUUUUAACACAAGAUUGACUAUUUUUUUGUUGACAUUAGGUCGCGUAUGGAGUCGAUCAGCAGCCAGCUGACUCCUCACGACAGCGGGGCCACCACCCCGGACAACCACGGCGACACUCUGAGCGAGCAGGAAGAGGGCACCAUGACUCCGCCAUCUAAACAGACGACUCCUGCAACCAGCCCGAACAACUCCUUCAGGUACAAUUAAGACUCCGAGAUUAAAGUGGUUGAAUUACGACUUUAUUUUCGUAAGUUAUAACUUUAUUAAGUCUUACAUUUUUUUGUCCUUAAUGUGGCCCUAAAACUUCUUCAUAUAUUAUUGAUCAUGUCUAUAAAGUGCAGUUUUUCUCGUUGCACUUCAGAUCACAUGAAAGGUAUUUUAGUUUUGAUACGGGGGUGGCUUUGGCACAUGGUUACCUUCAGAGUGAGAGAAAACUCUCUCAAACACUGAGCCAAAGUGCCCUUGAGCAAGACACUUUUACCCCAAAUUACCCCAGUUGUUGUGUAGAAACAGUGUCCUCAAAUCAGUAUCACGAUACAUUGAGCAGUUCACCUCGAUAACGAUAAAUGGACGAUAACUACUCCUCAAGCUGCUCACUCCUCCCACAUUAACUUUGUCUACUUCAGUCACUACAACUUUUGAGCCGUCCUCCAUCUCCUCACCUGUCUUUCCCUCUUUGUUAUGGACUGGAUGGGGUGGAGUCACGUCUCUGAUGUAGGACAGCGUCUUAAAGGGACAUGAGACCAUAGCCUACCUAUACACAUCCAAAACCAACUGUAAUUUAUUUUUUUGACACAGAAUAUACUGACAUGGGCAAAAUUAGUUAUUGAUGUAAAGUUCGGUAUCGGUAAAUUUUCAGUUUUUUUCCCAGCCCUACUUCACAUUGAGUUUUUAUUCUCCAGGGUUCCUGGGUCAAGUUUGCGUGGAGCUGCAGAACCUCGCCUAGUGAGGCUGAAAAGGAUCCAAACAGAGCUAGGGGUUCAAAUCUGUGGGGGAAACCUUCACGGCAUCCUGGUGGAGAGUCUAGACGAUGACAGUCCUGCAAAGUGUCCUGACGGCCUUCUACCUGGAGACAUGAUUCUGGAGGUACAUGUGAUGUCUUAGUGCCACUUGAACCUUCUUUUGGUGCAAAUACAUGAUCAGAAUCAGGAAAUGAACUGUGUAAUGUUGCUGGAUUACAGCAGCAGCUGUUGUCGCUUUCAAGUUCAUCCAAGUCCAAGGCUCUUCAUGUGUAUAUAACUGACAUUUUUGUCUCUACCUCAUUCAGCUUGCUUUUACUGAAAACGAUGAGUCAUUCUUUGUUGGCAGCCAAGCUCCGUUUUCUUUUGUCAGCUGUGCAAUUUAUGUUUUUUUCAAACAGUACAAUGGCGUCAGCAUGAAGAGCCGAACUAAAGAGGAGGCAUACCUGGAAAUGUUGAAACCAGCAGAAACAAUCACCUUCAAGGUCCAGAACUGCGUCGACAGCCUCCCCGCCAUGAGAGAGUCUCAUGGAGAUGGGUUUUACAUAAGGUACACCAAAUAUCAAACUGAGGGCGAAUAAGCUCACAUCUAUUUUUGGAUGUAAAUCUUCUGUGAAGUCAUCACUACAUCUGGUCUGUCCUUGUUCAGAGGUCUAAAGGUCGUUCAUUAAAGUUUUUGUUCAUCUCUUCCUCAUCAGAGCGCUUUAUGAGCGUGUGGCGGAGGUAGAGCAGGAGCUGAGCUUUAACAAAGACGACAUCCUGUAUGUUGAAGAUACGCUACCAAACGGCAACUUUGGCUUCUGGAUGGCCUGGCAGCUAGACGAGAACGCACAGAAGCUAGGAAAAGGGCAGAUUCCGAGUAAAUACAUGUGAGUUCAGCCUUUAAAUUCAAGUUUGUAUUCUUGAACGGUCUGGUCCUUUAUAGAUUUUAUUGUAUGCAUCCUUUUGUGAAAGUAAAGGGCUGUUGUGUGCUGAUAUAUCUCCAUUAGGAUGGACCAGGAGUUCUACAGGAGACACAGCUCUGCCGAUAUAAAAGAUGAUAACGGCACCAGUAAGACUCUAUCUGCCGCAGCACGCAGAUCUUUCUUCCGCCGGCGGUUGAAGCACAAACGCAGCGGGUCCAAAGACGGGAAAGAUCUGUUGGCUCUGGAUGCUGUCAGCACAGAUUCUUUACCCAUCACAGAGGGUGAGAAAUCAUCUAUGAAAACUCUGGACCAGCAGACUCUGGGUCAGGGGUGGUUACAAACAUGGUUUGUGAUGUUUGGCUCUUUGCUGCAGAGAUUUUUUAAAUUUCCAUAUUAACUUCAGCCCGGUGAUGUUUUAUUAAGAGCUGCAAUAAUCCUUCAGAUCAGGUCAGGGAAAAAUUAAAUCAUCAUUUUUUGGUUUAAGAUCAAUUGUUUGAGUGAAUUUACAACACAGUUUAACCAUUUUCUAAUUCCAGCGUGUUAAAUGUGUUUUUGUGGGUCUGAGGUUUUGAAUAGUUAGUGUGAUUAAAGAGGAAGUUGAAGAUGUCCCAAUGUAGAACAUGUAGUGAGCAUUUUUACAACUUUGUAGACUAAAUAAUGUGUUAAUUAAUCAAUUCAGGAAUUUUGGAUAAGAAAAAAUUGUCAUUUGCGUGUCGGUGUUUCAUGGUAAUCACGGUAUAGUCAUCUUUUUAAGUUUAGGGCUCAUUUCUAUUCUUUAUAAUCAUCCAGUGGUAGUUAUAAUGAAACACAUGAAGGAGUAUUUACAGAAGUUUCUACAUUAAGCACUUCACUGUAGAAAUAAAAACAAAAGCAGUUUAAUAGAAGUUUAAUUUUGGAUAAAAAUUCUGUCAGGAUCAUGUUUUUGAAUUCUUAAGUGUCUGAACUUUGUUGUGAUAUUGAUCUGUAACAUUGCUGCUUCAUUGAUUUACACACAAGUUUACAUUUUUAUUAUCUUUAUUAGUGAAAAUUGUACGUUUUUGUCAAUCAGAAGUACCAAGGACAUUGUGUAAAUCUUUUUCAGAUCGUUUCAGUGAUUAAAGUUACUCUUCCCUUUCUGUUGGAGUAAGCGUAAGCUCAUCAAAGCCAACUUCAGGAUCAGGCUUGUGAAUUUAAAUGGACUCCAUAUUGGUUUAAGUUGAAGUUAUUGGUAGUCUGGAAGCUCCGAGGUAUGAAAGUGCUGUAAUAAAUCAAGGAGGUGCUAUUAAAAGCCUGCUGGCUCCUCAGAAGUUUUCCCAGGACACAUAAACUCAUAACUGUGGUUAUUAAAGUGCACCUGUUUCUCUGCGCUGCCUUGAAUAUUUUUGAAUAAAUCUGUGUUUCCAUAUUUCUGCUCAGAUGGAGUGAGUCUCAUGUACCAGCGGGUCCAGAGGGUGGAGGGCGCGUCCCCAAGACCUGUGCUGGUCCUGGGUCCGUUAGUGGAGGCCAUUAAGGACAUGUUGGUGAAGGAGGGUCCUGCCAAGUUCUGCCGCUGUCUGCCAGGUGGGCUCAUGUUUGGAUUUAUGGAGGACUUUAUGUCCGUAAAUCAGGUUUAAGUACGUUUAUUGACGUCGGGCUGUCGAGAGAGUUUUCAAAAAUGAUUAUUCAUGUACUUUCAGAGAUCAUGAAGGCAUCUCAGCAGGCGAUAGAGCGCGGAGUGAAGGACUGCGUCUUCAUCGACUACAAGCGGAGAAGCGGCCAUUUUGACGUGACGACUGUUGCAUCAAUCAAAGAGAUCACAGAGAGGGUAAAAACCGCCUCCUCAUCAGCUUCGUAACUUUGACAUUUCUGCUCUGACUUUGAAUGAGAAAAGAAAUCCAAUUAGAAUAAAAGCCUAAAAUGAUGGAGGCUCACUUUAAUUUACAAAACAAAGAAUUCCUCAAUAAUCUCCCCCCAGGCCUGUGGUUCAUUUUUCAAGUCAUGGUCAUUAUGGUUGGCAGAACUAAACGAGUUUUUCUUUUUCGCAAUAACCACCACUUAUCUUUUUACCUAAUCAGCUCCAACUCUGUCGUUUUUACCGGAGGAGGCUUUUCAUAUCUUGAAGUGGAAAAAAGAAAUAAGCCCUGUCUGAUCAUGGUUUUAAGGGCUGAAGUAAUAUUACAAAUGAAUUUUGCAUGUUAUGUUAAUAUACGUGAUUGCAAAUUUAGGUGUUAAUCCAUCUUUGCAACAACUAUCUGUGUGGCUUUAAUUCCAUGUUGCGUGAUCUGCUUGAAAAACUUACAGUAUGUAAUUACUAUUAUUUGCUCCGGAAGUAAUCGUGCUUGUCUUUUCGAAUCAACUGGAUGAAAAGAUCCACAACAUGACAACUUCCCAAAAGUAAACCCCAAACUUUAAGGGCUCCCUCUACUGGCUGGCUGUGGUAAAGGCCAUAAAGUCCGCCUUCUCCAUGUUAACAGAUGGGACUAUAGCCUCUAUAGAUGGGACUCGGAGAGUGCGUUCCAGUUGUACUCAGAAGUCAUGAUUUCCAAGCUCCGAGUCGGAAAUUCAACUGGAACGCCCCCCUGAAGUCAGAUUUCCGACUCGGAUAGUCAGACGAUCCUCACCAACCCCGACUUGAUGGCAAUGUCAUAAUCCAAGUGCUGUGCAUCUACAGUAAAGAGUUACAGUGAAAGCUCUUAUAAUGUAUUAUACAUUAGCACUUCUGUUUUGUUUUUUUGAAAUUAAUUAAGUGGUAUAUGUUGUACUGCCCAACGUCUAACUGUGAACGCGUUGCUAUGGUGUUUGUAAGAGUAAAAUACUGUGUUAAGCGUUGUUUCCAACUGGUAUAGUUAACAACAACUAACAACAGCUAAUAAUGGCUGACCGUUGUAAACAACAGCUAACAACGGCAAACAGUAGGCGUCCAUCUUGGUUUUCCGACUUGUUUACUGGAAUGCCAUCAGUUCGAGUGUCGCGUCUUUCCCAGCUUCCACAUCCGACUUCCGAGGUAACUGGAAUGCAGCAUUAGACUGCUAGGCCAUCGACAAAGAAAAACUUUCCCACCAUAUUGUAAACUUCAGCUGCCACUGCCACUUUAUUUGGUCAAUAAAUCAACAAUUGCUCAAGGCUUGUAUACUGUGACCAGUAGUCAGAAAAAUCACCUAAUCAAGCUUUAACAAUAGCUUGAUUUAACUGCGCAUAUAAACUUACUGUUUAUUUUCCAAUAUCUUGCUUGAACCAUCCUCCAUCCCUCCUCUUCUCUCCUAGGACAGUCACUGUUUACUUGACAUCGCCCCUCACGCCAUCGAACGCCUCCACAGCGUUCACAUCUACCCGAUCGUCAUAUUUAUUCGCUACAAAAACGCCAAACAGAUAAAGUGAGUAUCCCCCCUGCCUUUUUUAAAAAAACAUAUUUGUUUCUGGUGCUAUUUGUCGACUGAAAACUCUGCCUCUGCUUCGUGUUGUGCUGCAACUUCUGUUUACUAAACUUCACUUCGGCAGCUCAUUGAGGACAUCAGUCACCCAAGGGUUUUGCUUCUGUGGAGUAUUGUUAAAAUUUAAUGUUAAAAAAUACAAUAGCACAAAAAGUUGGGGCCGAAUGUUAUUUUUGAAUAUGAAAUUUUAAUGCACGCUAGUCAUAACCCAAGAAACACAAUAUUACCUCCAUGAUUACUUCAAGAGGGGCGGCUGAAUUUAGUAUCAACAUGGAGUUUGAAGAUUUGCUUUUGGCCGGCGUCGCAUAUCUUCAACAGCUGAUCCACUGAUCUACCUGAAAGAAGUCGCACACAUACUAGAUUCACCCUGAGGGACUCCAAAGGGUCAUAUUAAUUCUUAAAGUCAUUUUUCACAUGAUCUUAGUUGAUGCUAAUCCUCCUUCCAUUAGAAAUCAUUUUGUUUACUCUCAUUAAAUUUCCUUCCCAUAGAGACACUCAGGAAAUUGAGAAGUGCAGAAGUCUUGCUGCUUUCAUAAUCAUAUUAAUCCCCCGCACACAAACAAACUAAUUGAUCAGCCUGAUUAGAUCACGGCGUCAUUAGUUCGCUAACAGCAGCCCGCUCUCUUCCACCACCUGCCGGGGUCCGUGACGGGAUGAUGUCAUAUUUCAGAGGUCCCUCUGCUUUUCCAUUUCAAUCCCACAGCAAGAUUAAAUGAGCUCAACCCCCUAGUGUGGUACUUUGCACACAAAUAAAGACACACUCAGGUCUGGCAGGAACGGGCUUUCUCAGCCGUACACACACACACACACACACACACACACACAAACACACACAAACACCCAUGCCCAUAAAUCUAUGAAGUGGUGCAGCAGGCAAACAUGGCGGAGAUUGAAUCCGGCUAAGCCUCGGCUGUCAUCAGCUGAGUGCCAGCUGUCCAGAGAGAGAGAGAGAGAGGGAGAGCUGUGGCUCCGCUUUGUGGCGUGGGCGGCUAAAACACUCGCUGACCCCACCCGCCACCGCCGCCGCACACACACACAGGAACACAUACACGAACGUACCUCCCGCUGCCUGCCUGCUGUGGCUCAGGCUUUUUCGUGGCUUUUUAUCUGCAGAGCAACAUGUGGACUGCACACUGUGUACCAGGGAGAGGUGGGAGUGUGAUUCUGGGUGAGGUCAGGAGGCUCCUAGUGGAUGAAGACCGGAGAUUUAGAGGUCACAUGGCUUUUUUCUUAAGGCUCAGGCAGUAUUCUGCAGAAAAUGUUGAUAAUGCUGAUAGAUUUUGUCUGUAUGACCCGCUCCUGUCUCUGCAGUCAUGUCCAACAUUAGCUCUCCAGCAGCUGCUCAGUGUAUCGUCCAGUCCAGCGAGCAAAUCAGAGCUCAUGUCCAAAGAAUAAUUCACAAACUUGAGUUGUACUUGGACCACUUGUUGUUGGAUUGAAUUAUGAGCAAACACUUUUAAUCUUUUAAAGCAGUACAACAACUCGGAAGUGAUUUUAGCUACUGGUGUUUAUUGGUGUAAUCCACUCUGAAGCACAUCCUUAAAAUGAUGAAAUGAAAUACUGACUCCUUCUUCCAUACCUUGUUUUGUGAUGUGAUGACCUUGUACGAGUGGAGGCUGCCUAAAAGUGCAGACUUUGUCUCCCCAGGGAGCAGAAGGACCCUCUGUACCUGCGGGAUAAACUCUCACAGAAACAUUCCAAGGAGCAGUACGAGGCGGCUCAGAAGGUAGACCAGGACUACAGCCGCUUCUUCACAGGUGGGUGGGACUUUGAUGGACUAUAGAUAGCAGUGAUAUAGAAAAUCCAGUCAAAACAAGUAGCUGAGGAACUACAGAACUUCAUGAAUUUACUGAAUGUAAGUGUGAUGUUUAGUCAACCUUUAAAUCAGACCAUUUAAAGGUUCAGCUCAUCUAUACCUACUCCCCACAAAUACAGACCUACAUUACGUCUCUUGUUUAACCCCUAUGUCUGUGGUUCCCAUAACAAUGUUUGAGGCUUACAAGUGAUGAUUAAUCUGAGUCAUGGAGGACCCUCCACGAGCCAAAAAACCCCAAAUCAAAAAAGAAGAAAAUUCUCAGUUAAAGCUCCUGUGAGGAACUUUUGGUUUGUGUCAAUUUUGGCGCCCCCCUGUGGACAAAGCAGUCUUUGCUUAUCUUGUUAUCUGCAUCUUUAAAGCUAUGUCUUCAUACAAAAGUCUCAUCCUUCUGACUUUUGACUUUUCGUUUCAGGCAUUAAAAUCUACAAUAUAAAAACCUUCAGUCAUGCUGCGGCCUUGAUUGCUUUUGAAUAUCAUAAAAGGUCUUAAAUACGAUUUUUGCUCUAUUUAAUUGACUCUGGUCUCCUUCAAAAUAAAUGACACAUUGUCAAACAGCAGUCUCUUUCACAGUUUUAAAAACAGUUUCUGAGGUUGUCUGAGGUUUCUGGAGCACACCACAGAUCAGAGUGAAAGUUCUGUAUCUGGAGCAGCAGCCAGUCUGAGACAAGCCGACUGUCCGGCUGAUAAAUGAGUCUAUAAAAGGAGACGAUUUAUGAGGAAGGGCUCUGAAAAUGAACACAUAACCCGUCUGAUCCCUCCUCACAGGGAUUGCCAACUUCUGACCACACAAGCCAGGACGAUGAGAGCUGCCGUUAUAAACCCGUAUCAGUCGGAGUGUGUGGUGUUUGACUGUAAGAAGUAGAGCUGAUCAAACCCCAGAAGUACCUUAGUCUCAGAUAAACCUUUAAUGAUGUAUAUAGGGUCUGAUUAAAAAUUAAUGUGUGGACAUUUAGUUAAUUAUUUACUAAUAAACCUGCUCUUUGUCUCAGUUAAGAUGACCUUGAUGCUACAUGAUGCUCAUUAAAUGUAAUGUACAUCCUCCCUUCCUCCUCCUCUGUGUUGCAGGCGUUGUCCAAGGCGGCAGCGUUUCCUACAUUUGCACUCAGAUCAUGACCAUCGUGGAGCAGGAGCAGAGCAAAGUUCUCUGGAUCCCAGACGGAGCACCGUAGAAACUCAUCACCUCACCUCUCACAUCUCAUCGCACCUCACUCUGAAAGAUUUAUUUCGGGAAACACACACACAGAAUCGGUACAUCCAACAGACAUCACGUGCAACUCCAGUGCUUUCUCACAUUUAGCUAUUUCAGCACUGAUGAAGAGGAACAUAAUCUCCCCACUGCGAUAGUGAUGCUCUGUACAGAUAGACUUGUUUACACUAGUAUCUAAUACUUGAAGGUUUCCCUCAUACAGUAUGUAGUGGCACUCCUUUAAUCCUGCUCUGUCCUGACACCAUGUCAAUGCAAUAUGAAGACUUUACUUCUGAAGUGAAGAAAUGAAGUGGACCAACAUGUUCCUUUCUUUAUAUAUUUAUACACAUUUUCCUGCCAUUUAAUUUAUCUAAUCAGCGGAAGAAGUAGCUUAUCAAGCCUUGACAUACAAAUGUAGCGCUCUAGUUAUUAGGUUGGAUGAUGUUUUGAAAUUAAUGGUCUUAUUUAUAGAGGAGAAAUCGGGCAAAUUUGCGUCUUACCUUCACAUCAUGUUGGCGUUUCACACUUCCGAAUAAUAUUGUGCCAAGCUACAAAUAUUUUCUCCAUUCUUGGUCGCUUUAACUCCGAAACUUUCGUUAUAACUCAAAUAAUAGGGAUGUUAGGUUCACCGGUUUGUCCAAGUUUGUGUGUUCUACUGGUUUUGCCAAAACUCAUCCUCUGUGGAUUUUCAAGAAGGGAUGUUUUUUUUUUUUUUUUUUUUUUUGCUUCAUGGUUCACCUUAACACAUUCACACAAACACCUCUUGGAUGGAUCACAUCAUCAACACUUCAUGUUUAUGCUGGAUGAAACACUUAAGGGCAGGUUUUCUCCUAAUGAAGGUUAAUAUUUCUAUAAAAUAUUAAAAACAGAGCCGUCAAUUGAU